CCUCUCUCUAUCCCUCUCUUCUCCGGUUUCAGCAGAAGAAGCAACAGCAGCCAUGGGUGGAGUAGGAAGAGGUGGCGGACAAAAGAGAGGAAGAACACAGAGAAAACACUUUAAACAGACCAGAGAAAACGUUUGGAAGAAAACUAGAUCUGAUACUACUAACAACAAUGAUAAUAACAAUGGUGAAAAUCAUCAACCAGGGUGGGAAUCUUUUGCUAAUCAGAACUUAGCUUUUGAAGCUUAUUACAAAGAACAAGGUAUAGUGAAGGAGGAGGAAUGGAAGGUGUUUAUGGAUGUUCUUCAUAAACCAUUGCCAGCUGCUUUCAGAAUCAAUUCUAGUUAAUUUUAGUUUUGAUUCUUGUUUUUAGAUUGAUUUGGGGUUGCUUUGAUUUGUUAGUGUUUUCAUGCAAGUUCAAAUUAGGGUAGGGUUUAGACUUUGGAUGAGUUAGUAAGUAGCAUGUAAGGUUUAAGGAUGAAUCCCGAACAUAUGGAAGAUUGACCUGUAUACCCUCUCAACCAAAACAACAACUUGAACAUGGUCAGACCUGUACGCCUUCUCAAGCUUGUGAAUUAUUAGCCGCAACUGACAUGUUGUGUGAUUCUGUGGCUUCUGUUGCCUUGUCAUUCCACUACACUGAAAUUAGAGCAAUAAUAGUCAUAUUGCUGAUCCGUUCUGUUGUUAAAGGACCAAAAUCUUCUAUCUCUUUGCUACAUUGAUAAAAUCGAAAAGCUUUAGAAAUCUCAUCCAGAUAUCUCUGUAUGAAGCGACACUACUUGUAAAUUUGAUGAAUAGAACCUGCCUGAGUAGGAAUGAUUGAAGAAUCAGGUAUCUGUGAUUUGUUAGGAUCUGCUAUACUUGUUUCACUUCUGUUGUUUUCUUUAUUAUGUUUCCUGUUUUGUCACUUUUCUUUAGCUGUUCAACAGCUUCAUGUUUAUGAAUUUUCGUAUCUUCAUUCUCUUCCAAACGAUUUAUUUCAUCUUCUUCUUCCUUCUUCUGAUUAUAGACCUCCGUAAAUGAAGAUACACUUCCUUUUGUUUCUUCACUAUCUCUGCAUAAGCCCUUUUCUGUUCGUCACUUAUGUCCUGCAAUCUUCGAUAUCUAUAUAACAUUUAUAAACAACAUUAUUUAAGCCAAACACGUAAUAAGAUUAUGACAGUUGAAGACAAUCAGAGGACUGAUCCAUUACCUUUACAGUGUUAUUGUUAUCUUAAUAUAUUGGAUAACAACUUCUAUUUCUGUGCAAUUAAAAAAUUUAAUGCUUUUUCGGUGUUGCACUGUUGCUGAUGUUUUUCG